AUGAGCAAGCUGGUGAUGGUGGUGGUGGUGCUGAUUGUUGUGGGAGCCGCCGCCGCCGCCUGCGUGGCCCGCGCACGCCUGCGGCCGGGCGUCCGGUACAUUGUGUUCGUGAAGCCGGACGGUGGGCCGCGCCGCUUCCGCGCGCUGGCGACGCCCGAGCCACACAACCGGCGCACCAUGCGUAAGGUGGCCAGGGCGACCUGCAAACGAUGCGGUCGCUCCCCGCGCGUCGCCAAGAUGAAAAAUGUGAAGCUGCGUCCGAAUCAGCGCCUGCGGCUCAAGUGCAACGCCCGAAGUCCGUCCCCUAUGCGGAUUUCGUGGUUCAAAGAUGGCGUACCGAUCAGAAGAUCACGACGAGUACGCAUCAAAAACAAAAAGCGGAAGAGGCUGAUGCGUUCGACACUCAUCAUCCGGCGCGCCACAGAGAGUGACGUCGGAGAGUACGUGUGUCGGGCCAAAAACAAGGACGGCUCACGCAGCCAGAAGUCUCGCGUCACCAUGCCGAACCGACCCUUUCGGGCCGAGCGCCCGCGCCGGGCCGCGCCGCCGUCAUGCAGCUGCUAG